AUGCAGUGUUUCCUUUCGCUGCUCGUGGCUGCUGUAUUUUCGGCGAGUACUCCCACUUUGCAAUUCGAAGCUGCUCAUCCUUGCAACGCCCAGCCUUGUCGCAACGCUUGCCAGUGCUUUCCGGCGAGUCUGAAUCCAGCCGACUACGUUUGCCGAACUGCGCCUGGAGGAGCGCCCUUCGUCGGCAAAAACUGCGAAUACGCGCUAGAUUCCGGAGCAAGCAAACAUCCACGAUGUCGGCACUCAAGGCGGCUUCCCGGUCUCGAAGCAGCGGGGCCAGCAUGGAGAAUUAGUGGUCAGGACAACGUGCCAGAAAGGAUAUCUCAAAAACAGCGAGUUUCUCUGCUCGGACACCUUUUGACUCGGGAGAGCGAGGAGGAGCCCGGGAACCCGCUGGUGAACGUCAACUGCGCCAUGGAAACGUUUUCCGUCCAGAACAUCGUCCAGUCGACUGUUCGCCACCCGACUUCCACCGACUUGUUCUCGCAAUGGCAGCCGAUCAUGAACUUUUACACGACGAGUUUUGGAUCGGAGGCGCCUUUCCUUUGUCCAGCGGUGGCGGACGGAAGCGGCUACACCUACGUCGUCGGCUCCAAAAUCCACGUUGUCAUAACUGGCGCGCUGAAUGGAGAAGCACCGCUCGAAGAACACACAGUGAAGAUUCAGCACUGCAACAUCUGGAACCCGGUGGACGACUCGAAGAUCCGGCUGAUCGCGUACGGCCAAGCGGACAAGCAGAAAACCUCUGUCGGAGUGGAGCAAAAUCCGGGCUUCAUCGGAAAGAGCGUCACGUCGUCCGCGCGCGGAGCCGCCUUCUGGUUUCAAGUGUUUAAAUUCAAGAACUCCAACCGGCUCAAUUUGGAAUGCUCAGUCAGAUUCAACAGAGCGGGCGAACUCAGACGCAGACGCUCUCCAAACGAACUCGAAGAGAUUUCUAUUCCGUUCAUCAUUUCCGAGCAAGUCGGCGAAAAAGACGAGCUGCAUUUCGAGUCGUUUCAAAUCCCGACAAUCACCGUCAACGAAGCAAUAACCAACCACAUUGUGCACACAGAGUGCGAAGGAGUCCUCUGCGCUGCCGAGUUCAGUCGCCACUACGCCUACGUCGGCUACUCUCUGCUGGUCGUUCUGAUGCUCACUCUAGCGACAAUCAUGUUUUGCCUCAACCGAGGAAUCAUAACUGCCUAUUGCUUCAACAAAAACCAGCUCGCCUGA